UUUGUUACUUUACCUUGGUUCUAACAUUCCAUGUUGGUUCGCAAAAUGCAGACAAGACGUAAAUGAAUAGGUGAUAUAAAGAUUCAGAUCACAAAAUGCCUACAGGCGAUUCUAGAAAGGAUUACAUUCUAGCUACAACAGCAAACUACUUUGGAGUAGGAGUUGCUGAUGCUGCAAUCACAGCUCUCCAUGAUUCCACUGCACUGAACAGCUUUCUAGAUGAUGGAAACAUUGAUCUGUGUGCCGGAAGAAUUGAAACAAGGGGGAACGCUAAGAGACUAGCCUUCUCAAAUAAGUUGGAGCCAAAUGAAAACAAAGAAAAAGUCAUCGUGUUUUUUAAAAUUCGUCCAGAUGUUAUAACUCCUGAUAACCUUCACUCAAACACCAUUGUGUCUUCUAUGGUGGAGUCCCCUCUCAGCACACUGUAUCAUGCUGUGCAGAAAAUCUAUGCACCCCUGAUGUUAGAAGAUGGGAAGUGGAGUCGAACUCUAGACCCUAAGUUACAGAGUUUAAUCAGUGAACUUGAGGCAGGGCUAGGAAGUGCCAUUAGGAAACAAGAUCCAUCAUUUAGAGGGAAGGGAGACAAUGCUGAUAAUUUAGGAAGUAUUUUGAGUCCAGUGGAUGAAUUCCAGUACUGGGGUGACAUGGCAAGAAGUGAUGAGAGAGCUUCUCAAUUUGUGGACCUCUUUAAACCUAUAAGUAAAGAGUUUGGGGGGCUGGACACCAUGGACAUGCAGGAUGUUAUGGAGCUGGUGGACAUUGCACAAGACACGCUGGAUGACGUCUGGAAAUGUCUGGAUUUCGAUGCAUACCCUGAGCCCAGAAUGAAACACCUCAUGGACAUUAUUGGUGGAAGUCUUGGGAGAUACGUACAAAGAAAACUAUCAGAAGUUGACCUUUGGACAGGAAAUUUUGGAAAGGUCAAGGAAGACCUGAGGUCAGGUGUAGCCAUCUGUGAAAGGUGGGUAGGAGUAUGUGAAACCUUAACAACACAAUUCUGGAAGAGUUUCCGUCCCCAUCCCUGGAGAGGCGAGAGAUAUGUUCCCGAAAAUUUAAAGCAGCUAGCAAAUCGGUUGGAAGAGAUACUUACCCUUAGAAUAGUGCAUGAGCAACAGAUACGUUUGCUUUCAACAUCAGAGCAGAAGGACCUCAGAACAUCAGAGGCCUUUCAUCCAUUCAUGGGGCUCAAUCCUCUACAGUACAACCCAUACACCAUGCCAUUGUGGAAUGCUGCUGUGGCACAGUACGAUAAGAUCAUGAGUCCUGUGGAGCAAAAAAUAGCAGGAAAAUUAAGGUCACAGUUCAAAGGUCUCGAUGGAUAUCCACAGCAGCUGCUGAGAGAGUUCCAAAGAUAUAAAGAGCUGAUAAAGAGGCCAAGUAUAAAAAAGGAGAUGGUUUCUGAGAGGGAAACGCUGCUAGGACAACUGAAUGUGAAUUUGAAGGAGACAGAGGAUGAUUUCCAGAAGAGAACAGGACAGAGGGCUGGUAACAAGGGAAUUCCUAAGGGGAAGAAUCUGCCAGAAAUUGUCAAUGCCAUCGUGUUUGUCAGACAGCUAGAGGCUAAGACGGAAGAAACCAUCAAGACAGCAGAAACUUUACUAGGAGAUUUGUCUGGGUUCUCAAAAUUCCGCAAGGAGGCCCAGGAUCUGUUGGAUGAACUACGACAAUGGCGCCAGGAGCAGUUCGAUGACUGGACGCGAGACAUUAUGGAUAGAAUCAGUGACCCCAAAGAACCUCUCAGUCUUGAGACGAAUGGAAGAUUGAUGGAACUGAAUCACAAAACUGGGAAGUUGCAUGUGAACUAUGGGGACCGUCUAGUGACUCUGAUGAGAGAGGUGAGACAGCUCAGUGGCAUGGGGUUUGCUGUUCCCUCCAAAAUCCAGCAUGUCUGCAACACAGCCCAGAAGUUCUACAGACAUGGUGUAGUUUUAAAACAGGUUGCCCAUUUUUACAACACUCUAGAUCAACAGAUGAUUGCAUGCCAGCAACCAAUGAUGUUGAAUUCAGCCAUUGCUUUUGAAAAACUGGUGAAAAACCCUAAAACAGGUAGCAGGGCUAAAGGAGAAAAUGUUGAAAUCACCUGGGAUGAUCCCGAAGAACUAGACAAAUACAUACACAAGCUUCAGAAAGCUGCAGAGAGACUGACCACAGAGAACCGCAAACUGAGGAAGUGUCACUUGACUGUUUGUGAAAAAGUACAGAUGUUGAUGGGGGUGGAUUUACUAAGGCAACAACAGAAGUGGAAAGAUGGGCUGAUGGAAAUCAGACAUCUCAUGGCUAAUCUUGUGCAACAGGGAUUUUCCUCUGAUCACAUGCGACCCUGGAAAGCUCACUGGGACAGACAACUGUACAAGGCCUUAGAGCACCAGUAUCAGAUGGGACUAGAGGCGCUCAAUGAGAAUCUGCCAGAAAUCAAAGUGGAAUUAACAUACAGGCAACAACAGCUGCAAUUCCGUCCUCCAUUUGAAGAAAUCAAAGCCAAGUAUUUCCGAGAAAUGAAGCGAUUUAUCAGUAUUCCUAACAACUUCAAAGGAGUGGGAGAUGACACCACGAACCUGAUAUUUCCUGCCAUUAUCGACAGAAAUGCUGAGGGGUUUAUUACAUGUUAUAGGAAGGCUGAUGCUCUCUUCAAGAGACUUGACAAAGCCCAGCAACAAUUCAAGCAAUGGUGUGUCCUUGGAUCAAUUGACCUUGACCAGUUUGUGGAGGACACUCUUACAGAUCUGUCUGACUGGGAGAAAAACUUCAAGGGCUUAAAGGCAAGAGGCAGGGAUGCAGAAAAGUUACCAAGUCAAAUUAAGGUUGACUGUAUCACCGUGAAUACAAACCCAGUGAAGGCAGUCAUUGAUGAUCACAUCCAACGGUUAUUUGAUGCCCUUUUGAACUCCUUAAGGAAGGCCAUCGCUUUUGAAGUCAACUCAAUCGAUGUCUUCCUCAAGGAAGCCAUGGAGACUCUUUCCAAACGUCCACAGAGUGUGGAGGAAAUCGGGGAAGCCAACGGGAAGCAUUCCGAAUUCCUCAAGAAAAAGAAGGAGAUUCAGCCCCUGUUUUUGAAGGCUGAGGCUAAGAACAAACUGCUGCGGUCAGUGGCUGGAGGUGGAGUGGAUUCUCUGAGCUCCCUCCAAGCUUUCUGGGACAAGUUUGAACUGAUGAUGGAGAGUCACCAACUCAUGGUCAAAGAACAGGUGGAGGUGAUGAAGAACAAUGUGGACUCCAGAGUGAAAGCCUUUAUCCAGGAGGUUGAUAAGUUUUCAGCCCGAUGGCAUCAGCUGAAGCCCGGGGACGAUGCUCUGGAUGGUGACAAAAAGAAGUGUGAAGCAGCAGUACAGGUCAUCAAGGACAAACGUCAAGAGUUUGCUGAGCUGGAGAAGACAAGGGAGACCCUUGUACAUGACUGUGAACACUUUGGAAUGGAGCUUCCAGAUUUGGAGAUUGCCAAUGAACUGAAGGCAGAUAUGGCUAACUAUGAGAGCAUGUGGGGGCUGUAUGAGGACUUCAACAACGGACUCCAGGAACUGGCCAAGGAAGACUGGAUCUCAUUCAGGAGCAAAGCCUAUCUGUUUGAGGAAUUCUUGAGUUCUUGGUAUGAGAAACUGAAAUCAGAGGAGCCCACUACAAUGACAGUGCGUCUGCAGAAAGACAUUGACAAGUACAAGAACGUACUCCCAGUUCUGAAGUGGGUCAGAGGAGAGCCUCUAUCCCAGGAUCACUGGAUGGAACUCUUUCGUCUGCUCCACAUGCCAAAGGGAACCACUCUGGAGAAGCUAAACUUUGGUCAAGUUCUUAAUGCCAGUGAUGAAAUCAUCAGAAAUGCUGAUGCCCUGAAGGAGUUGAAUCAGCGAGCCCAGGGAGAGGUGACUAUUCGAGAGGCCAUUCGUGAGCUGGACCUGUGGGGAGCUGGUGCUGUGUUCACAUUGACUGAGUAUGAGGACAGUCAUAAGAAUGGAAUUAUGCUGAUCAAGGACUGGAAGGACCUUGUUAGCCAGGUUGGGGACAACCAGGCCUUGUUGCAGUCCCUUAAAGAUUCCCCAUACUACAAGAGUUUUCAGGACAAGGCCUCGGUUUGGGAGCAGAGGCUGGCUGAUCUGGACGAGUACCUUCACAACCUGAACCAGAUCCAGAGAAAGUGGGUGUACUUGGAACCAAUCUUUGGCAGGGGAGCUCUACCCAAGGAGCAGGGAAGAUUCAAGAGGGUUGAUGAUGAUUUCAGGAACAUAAUGAUGGACGUCCGCAGAGACAACAGAGUUUUGUCCUUAGUGAGUAAAGCUGGACUCCGCAACCUUCUAACCACCAUGCUGGAUCAGCUCCAGAGGUGUCAGAAGUCACUCAAUGAAUUCCUAGAGGAGAAGAGAUCCUUGUUCCCACGUUUCUACUUUAUUGGAGAUGAUGAUUUACUGGAGAUUUUGGGACAGUCCACCAAUCCCAGUGUUAUCCAGACUCACCUGAAAAAACUGUUUGCUGGCAUCCACAGUGUGGAGUUUGAUGAUAAUGCCCAGCAUAUUCUGGCUAUGAAGUCACUUGAUGGAGAGGUGGUACCACUGCUCAGAAAGGUUAAAAUCAUGCCAGAAGUGGAGAUCUGGCUUGGAAAACUUGCUGAUGAAAUGAAGGAAACUUUGCAAGAGUUGCUAAGGGAGUGUUUGAAGGAUGCCAAGGGGGGCAAGGGAAGUCUAGAUCCAGGAAAAUAUCCCUCCCAGGUAUUGUGCUUAGCUGAGCAGAUUCGCUUCACUGAAUGCUGUGAGCAUGCUAUCACUAAAGGCACUCUGGCUCAGUACAACAAGGAGCUAGCCUCCCAGCUGGAGUCUUACACCGAUGUUGACCUGGGGGACAGUUCCAGUGACACCCAGACACAUGUCCUUGACCUGAAAUUGAAGGCUCUUAUCCUGGACACAAUUCAUGCUAUAGAUGUCGUCCAUCAGCUGAUGCAGGCCAACACUCGCUCACCGACGGAGUGGAUGUGGAACAAGCAACUUAGAUUCUACUUGAACAGAAAAGGACUCUGUAGCAUACAAAUGGUGGAUGCUGAGUUUGAAUAUACUUAUGAGUAUCAGGGCAAUGCUGCCAAACUGGUGCACACACCACUGACAGACAAAUGCUACCUGACCCUGACACAAGGUAUGCACAUGGGAUUAGGAGGUAACCCCUAUGGCCCGGCAGGUACAGGAAAAACGGAGUCUGUAAAGGCUAUGGGUGGGUUGUUUGGUCGUCAGGUGCUGGUCUUCAACUGUGAUGAGGGCAUAGAUGUGAAAUCCAUGGGGAGGAUCUUCAUUGGUUUGGUGAAGUGUGGGGCCUGGGGAUGUUUUGACGAGUUCAAUCGUCUGGAGGAGGCGGUGCUCUCAGCAGUGUCCAUGCAGAUCCAAGUCAUUCAAGAUGCAAUAAAAAACCGGGCCCCCAUGGCAGAGCUGCUGGGCAGAAACGUGGAGAUUGACCAUAAUUCUGGAAUUUUCAUCACCAUGAAUCCAGCAGGCAAGGGUUAUGGUGGUCGACAGAAGUUGCCAGACAAUUUGAAGCAGCUGUUCCGACCAGUGGCCAUGUCUAAGCCAGACAAUGAGCAGAUUGCAGAGGUCAUUUUGUUCUCAGAGGGAUUUAAGGCAGGCAAAGAGCUGGGAAGGAAACUGGUGGCUGUGUUCAACUUGUCCAAGGAAUUACUUACACCACAGCAACACUAUGACUGGGGGUUGAGAGCCCUGAAGACUGUCCUCAGAGGGUGUGGAAACUUACUGCAGCAGGCCAAGAAAAAAGGAGCCAAAGUGGACAGCAAGUUUGAGGCCAAGUUGGUCGUACAGGCUCUGAGAAUCAACACAUUGUCCAAAUUGACAUUUUCCGACUGUGCUCGAUUCAAUGCUUUGAUGAAAGAUGUUUUCCCUGGAAUUGAGUUUAAGGACAUUGAAUAUGAGGAGCUAGCCACUGCCAUCAGAUCAGUCUGUGAGGAAACCAACCUCAAGGUCAAUGAAGUCCAGAUCAAAAAGGCCUUGGAGCUGUAUGAGCAGCUGAGACAGAGGACUGGUGUGGUGGUGGUUGGCCCCAGUGGUUCUGGUAAAACCACCCUGUGGAAAAUUCUCAGACAGGGGCUCCACAAACUUGGCAAGGAAGUCAAAAAGUAUACCAUGAACCCUAAGGCCAUGCACAGGACACAGUUACUGGGUCAAAUCGACAUUGAUACAAGAGAGUGGACAGAUGGAGUACUUACCUACAGUGCUCGACAAGUAGUCAAGGAACCCCAGGAGAUCCAGUCCUGGAUUAUUUGUGAUGGUGACAUUGACCCAGAAUGGAUUGAGUCCCUGAAUUCAGUACUGGAUGACAACAGGCUUCUGACCAUGCCCUCUGGAGAGAGAAUCCAGUUUGGACCAAAUGUGAACUUCCUGUUUGAAACACAUGACUUGAGCUGUGCCUCUCCUGCUACCAUCUCUAGGAUGGGAAUGAUUUUCCUCAGUGAUGAGGAUACAGACAUCAAGGCAGUGGUGAACUCAUGGUUGAGCUCCCAGCCUGAGAGUGAACAGCACAUAAUGUCCGGCUGGAUUGAGGAUCAUUUCUAUAAGGCUGUGGAUUGGGUCCUUAAGCAGAAUGACUUUGUGGUGGAAACAAGUCUGAUUGGGGUGGUGCUAAAUGGACUCUCUCACCUCCACAACGUCAGAAAUAAGGCUCACUUUGCUGUCUGCUUGAUCCAUGGAUUAGGGGGGAAUCUUAACGAAGGAAGUAGAGAAGCAUUUGCCAAAGAGGUAUUCACAUGGACCCAAGAGAUGCCACCAGACUCUAGACAUCCGCUGGAUACAUUUUAUGAUGAAAACAUGGGUCGUCUGAUGACCUACAGCAUGGAGGUUGAAAUUUUUGUUGAUGGGGCUGUUCGAGACUUGAGUGUGGAGAACUUCUCCUCUGGGGGUUCUCUCCCUGUGGUCAGGACUGGGGAUGUUCAGCGGGGUCUGGAUUACUUUGCCCCCUGGCUACAAGCUGACAACAAACAGCCCUUCAUCUUGGUGGGACCUGAGGGGUGUGGAAAGGGGAUGUUGCUGAAGCAUUGUUUUGAGCAGCUGAGGUCCACUCAGGUUGCUGUGGUUCACUGCAGUGCACAGACCAACCCAACACAUGUUCUACAGAAGCUGAGUCAAAGCUGUAUGGUGUUAAACACCAACACUGGCAGGGUGUACCGACCCAAGGACUGUGAACGUCUAGUUCUAUACCUAAAAGAUCUGAACCUGCCUAAACCAGACAAGUGGGGAACAUGUCAGCUAGUGGCAUUCCUCCAACAGGUCAUCACUUACAAUGGUUUCUAUGACCAGAAUUUGGAGUGGGUUGGCCUUGAAGGAGUACAGAUUGUGGCCAGUAUGAAUGCUGGGACAGGCCUUGGCCGUCACAAACUGACCACCCGCCUCACAUCCAUUGUCAGAAUCUGCUGCAUUGGAUAUCCCGACAAGGAGCAACUUCAGGCUAUUUAUGGAGCCUACCUGACCCCCAUCAUGAAUAAACAACUGGGUCGCCACCCUGUUUGGGGAAAUCCCGCCAAAGUGUAUGCUUUGGCUGGAUCCAUGGUUCAACUGUAUGAUCAGCUGAGAACAAGGUUCACUGUUGAUGACUACAGUCAUUACCUGUUUACUCCCCGGGACCUGACGAAUUGGUGUCUUAGUCUACUGAGGUAUGACCUGAAUGCAGGUGCCAAGGAGGGCUCCAGUGAUCAUGUCUUGGAGAUCUGGGCGUACGAGGCUCGCAGACUCUUCAGGGACCGAGUGGUUGGCACUGAAGGCCAGAACAAAUUUGACAGCACUCUCAUGUCUACUGUCAGGGCAGACUGGUCAGCCAACAUAUUUGACAACUUGGACACUGACUACUUUGUGACCUGGGGAGCCCGCCAUGAGGAUGGGGGGCCGGCGGUGGCAGCAGGUGCCCCUCUACCUCCUACAGGGAAACCCCUGGGGAAGCUGAACACUGAUGAUCUGACUGCAGUGGUAGAAAGAGGACUCAAACUGUACAGUCGAGAGAAUAGAGACCUUGAUAUCCUGAUCUUUAGAGAAGUUCUUGACAACAUUGCCAGAGUAGACAGAGUGCUGACCCUUCCUGGGGGCUCGCUGUUGUUGGCAGGAAGAAGUGGGGUGGGGCGUAGGACUGCGGUUCUCCUGGUGGCUCACAUGCACCAGAUGCACUUGUUCUCACCAAAGGUCUCUCGUGCCUAUGGGAUGAAGCAAUUCAAAAAUGAUCUGAAAACUGUAAUGCAACUGGCAGGAAUUGAGGGUGAACAGGUGGUGUUCCUUCUAGAGGAUCACCAGUUUGUGGAGCCUCAGUUUCUGGAGAUGAUCAACAGUCUUCUGUCCUCAGGAGAGGUUCCUGGGCUGUACUCCCCGGAGGAGCUGGAACCUCUCCUGUCUCCUCUCAGGGACAUGGCAUCAGAAGCUGGCUUCAGGGGAACACUCAUCAACUUCUAUGCCUCUAGAAUCAAGACCAAUCUGCACAUAGCCCUGAUUAUGGACUGCAGUAAUAAUUCCUUUACUCUGAAUUGUGAGAGUAAUCCAGCCCUGUACAAGGAGUGUGCUGUCCAGUGGAUGGAGUCCUGGAGUAGGGACUCAAUGGUCAAGGUACCAUAUAUGCUGCUGACAAAACCCCCCAAAAUAGAAGGGGCCAGCAUCGGCGAAAAGAAGAGGCAUCAGAGGAAAUUGUCAGGGGGUGAGGAGUUACUGAAGUGUUUCCUCCAUGUCCAUGAGUCCUGUGGGCAGGCCAACAUGGGAGCCACCCCCCGCCGAUACAUCGCAUUCCUCAACACGUACCAGAUGGUGUACAGUAACAAAAAAGCUGGAGUGGAAAAACGACAGCACCAUCUACAGGCUGGUGUAUCUAAAUUGAAUGAGGCUAAACAGUUAGUGGAUGAACUGAAGAGAAAAGCAGGAGAACAGAGUGUGUUGCUGGCAGAGAAGCAGGCUGAAGCAGACACAGCUCUGAGGGAAAUCACUGUCAGCAUGCAGAAUGCUAGUGACCAGAAGAAUGAGAUGGAAGAACUAAAGAGACAAGCAGCCGAGGAAGACAAAGUCCUCCAGACAAGGAAGAAAGCCAUUGACAAGGAGCUGGCAGAGGUCGAGCCACUUGUGCAGGCUGCCAAGUCUGCUGUGGGAAACAUCAAGACCGAGUCUCUGUCUGAGAUCCGCUCCCUCCGUGCCCCGCCCGACACCAUCAGGGACAUCCUGGAGGGAGUCCUGAGGCUGAUGGGAAUAUUUGACACUUCCUGGGUUAGCAUGAAGAGUUUCUUGGCAAAAAGAGGUGUGAAGGAAGAAAUUCAAACAUUUGAUGCCAGAAAGAUCAGUCCUGAAAUAAGAAAAGGAGUAGAAGACCUCAUCAGGAAAAGCAAAGACUCAUUCGAAACUGCGAAUGCCAGGAGGGCCUCAGUGGCAGCAGAGCCCCUUGCAGCAUGGGUGAAAGCAAAUGUACAGUUUUCCUACGUGUUGCAAAAGAUUGAGCCACUAGAAAACGAACAGAAUGAACUCAUAAGAAAUCUUAAGAAAGCAGAAUCCAGAAUGGAUAAACUGAAGAGGGCUUUGGAUGAAGUGGAUGCUAAAGUUGCCUCCCUCAGAAACAGGUUUGAGACUUUGACCAAAGAGGCUGCUGAGCUAAAAAUCAAGCUGGACAAAGAAAAUGAGACAAUACAGGCAGCCGAGACCCUGGUAACAAAACUGGAAGGCGAAUACCAGAGAUGGAGUAGACAGGUGGGGGAACUCUCAGAUGUGUUAAAGGAACUUCCCAAGAGAGCUCUGCUGGCCUCUGCAUUUAUUACGUACCUAGCCCAGGCACCUGAGGAUGUCCGAAGGAACUUCAUGAACAGUUGGUCAGAGGCCCUAGGGCUUCAGCAUUUUGACUGUCGCCGAUUUCUCAGUACUGAAAGUGAACAACUCAUCUGGAAAGCAGAGGGGCUACCCUCAGAUGAAUUGUCCAUGGAAAAUGCUCUGGUUAUACUGCAGUGUCUUCAGCCAGCCAUGAUCAAUGAUAUACCAGCAGGGAGCACACUGAGGCCAUUCCUGAUAGAUCCAUCAUCCAGAGCCACAGACUGGCUGAAAACUCACCUGAAAGAUCAGCGCUUAGAGGUCAUCAACCAGCAGGAUGCCAACUUUUCAACAGCUUUGGAACUUGCAGUGAGGUUUGGAAAAACUUUGAUCAUACAGGAAGUUGAUGGAGUGGAGCCCAUCUUGUAUCCAUUACUUCGUGGUGACCUGGCAGCUCAAGGCCCCAGGUAUGUUGUCCAGAUUGGGGAGAAGACAAUUGACUACAAUGAGGAAUUCCGACUUUUCCUGACAACCAGGAAUCCUAACCCUGAGAUACCUCCUGAUGCUUUCUCCAUCAUCACUGAGGUCAACUUCACCACCACCAGGGCGGGGCUGACAGGACAGUUGCUGGCUGCCACCAUACAGAAUGAGAAACCAGAACUAGAAGUCAGAAAGACGGAUUUGUUGAAAACUGAAGAAGAUCUUAAAAUUCAGCUGGCCAAAAUGGAGGAAUCACUGCUGGAGGAAUUGGCCAAUGCUAAGGGAAAUAUUCUAGAAAACAAAGAGUUACUGGACUCUCUGAACAAGACCAAGGCCAGCAGUAUAACCAUCUCGGAGUCCCUGACGGAAUCCGUUCGUCUGCAGGCCUCACUGGACCAGGAGAGGAACACUUACCUACCACUGGCUGAGAGUGGCAGUAGGAUGUACUUCGUCAUCAGUGACCUUGCCAAGAUCAACAACAUGUACAGGUUCAGUCUGUCUGCCUUCCUCAGAAUAUUCCAGAAAGCUCUCAAGACCAAACAGGAUGGUAGUGGAACCGACCAUAGAAUCCGAGCCCUAACACAAAGACUACAGAAUCUGGUGUACGAGUACGUCUGCCGUUCACUCUUCAAGGCUGAUCGCCUCAUGUUUGCACUUCACAUGGUGCAUGGAAUGAAACCUGAUCUGUUUGAUGAAAAUGAAUGGGAGGGGUUCACAGGAAUCCUUGUAUCGGAUGCAAAGUCAGAUGGUGGACGAGGAAUGCCUGCUUGGAUUGAUCAGGAGAGACACGGUGCUGUGGCCAGUCUUAAAAACAACUUUCCCAAGCUGUACCAGGUCCUGAACUUUGAUGAUGGCUCUCUGUGGUCCAACUUCUCACGCAGUAAUGAAUGUGAGAAGGAAUUUCCGUCUGUCAUUGAGAAGCGCGUCACUCUCUUCCAGCAAUUACUGGUAGUCCAAGCAGCCAGACCAGACAGACUGCAGACGGCUAUGGGAUUGUUUGCUUGCAAGGCUUUAGGGAUGAAGGAGCUUUCUCCACCCUCUGUAAAUCUCAAACGACUUCUGGAGACAGAGACCUUGCCCUCAGAGCCUAUUCUGAUUAUUAUAUCACCUGGUGCAGACCCCUCACAAGAGUUACAAGAUCUAGCUGCUCAAACAAUAGGGGGUGACAAAUAUCACCAGGUUGCUAUGGGUCAAGGUCAGUCUGAUAUAGCAAUGCAACUGUUGAGGGAGUGUGCUCAGAAUGGAGAAUGGCUGUGUCUGAAGAACCUACAUCUUGUUACAGCCUGGCUGCCACAACUGGAGAAAGAAAUUAAUACACUGAAGCCACAUGAGGAUUUUAGACUGUGGAUGACUGCUGAAGUCCAUCCUAAAUUUCCCACAAUUCUUCUGCAGAGCAGCUUGAAAAUAACAUAUGAGGCUCCCCCUGGAGUGAAGAGGAACUUGAUGAGAACAUACGAGUCCUGGAGCCCUGAGUACAUCAGUAAAUCCGGCAGUGUUUUACGAGCCCAGGCUCUCUUUGCUUUGGCAUGGUUCCACUCUGUGGUUCAAGAAAGAAGAAUGUACAUCCCCCAGGGUUGGACAAAGUUUUAUGAGUUUUCACUGUCUGAUUUGAGAGCUGGUGCAGAUAUAAUUGACAGAUUGAUCAAAACAGGAAAUGACCAUGAGUGGAAGUUUGUGCAUGGUCUGUACGAGUCUGCGAUCUAUGGUGGAAGGGUGGAUAAUCCGUUUGAUGUGCGGGUCAUGGUCUCGUACCUGAGACAGUUUUUUGAUGCCAAUAUGUUGGCUCAGGGAAGAAAUAAACGUUUAGGACCCUUAAGAUUACCAACAUCUACAAAUUUUAGGGAUUACAUUGAAGCUAUUGAAGAGCUCCCAGAAUUUGAUAAACCUUCAUACUUUGGUUUGCCUGAGAACAUUGAAAGGUCUGCGCAGAGGAUUAUAAGUAACCAGGUCAUAGGUCAACUUAAGGUUCUGCAGAGGGCAGAUGCCAAGGCCAACAAGUUUGACAAAGAGAUCUGGGCUACAGAACUUGGACCAACACUUAAUCUUUGGAAAAAACUUAAUCAAGGUUCUCAGUUAAUCAAUUCCAAAAUCAAGCCCCCAAGUGAUAGAACAGGACAGGAGGCUCCUAUUAUCUCCUUCAUUAAACUGGAGCAGUAUAAUGCCGUCAGACUGGUUCAGAGCAUCCACCAGUCCCUGGCAUCACUCAGUAAGAUUAUCAGAGGAACCAUGCUACUCACCAAAGAGGUCCAGAACCUAGCAGCAGCUCUUCUGAAUCAGGAGACCCCUCUGAACUGGCAGGCAAAAUGGGAUGGUCCAGAAGAUCCAAUGCAGUAUCUUAGAGGACUGGUCAGUAGAGCUACCGCCAUUCAAACAUGGGUAGAAAAGGCUGACCAUGGAACCUUGUUGAGGGAUACACUUGACCUGUCUGAACUCUUCCAUCCAGAUACGUUUUUGAAUGCACUAAGGCAGCAGACAGCUAGAGAGGUAGGGUGUUCUAUGGACGGUCUGAAAUUUGGUGUUAGUUGGAGAGGAGGGGUGCAGGGAGCCAAGACUCAAGUGAAGGUUGGGGGACUUCAGCUAGAGGGUUGCACUUUUGAUGGAGCCCGACUCUCAGAGAACCAGAGAGACUCACCCAGUGUGUCUGCUAUCCCUCCCUGUCAUGUUGCUUGGAUUCCCAAAGAGGCACCAGAGCCUUAUGGCCUUGAUGAUGUGAUCUCCAUUCCUGUGUAUACAAGCAGUGAGAGAGACCAUAUUGUGACCCGUAUGGAUCUCCCAUGUGGUGGUAACCAAGGGAUGUGGCUACAGUGUGGUGCAGCUCUCUUUUUGAAGAGCACUUAGACUGUUGUUAAACAUUUGUAUUUAAUGUAGGUUUGGACAAGUUUUGAGUGUACACCUUGGGAGUGUACAAAAUUAUUAUAAUGAUGUUCUUUGGCUAUCCGUCCAUAUUUCCUGUGAUAUUUUUAUUUUGUAUGUGAUGUUGACCUGACUACUGUGAUGAUGCUUUUAUUCUUCUUCAGUAAAUUUAAUGUCUAUUAAGGCAAACACUUCCUGAUUAACUUUGUACACAGAAUAAUAAAGAUAUUGAAGGCAA